AUGGCGGACGAGAGCCCAGCAGAGGCCUGGCUGACCAACGCGGCCAGCGCGGAGGCCUGUCAACUCGAUGUGUCUCUGUCGCUGGCUCCAGGUGAGCCGGGGCUGCUGAACCGGGACGACCUUCCGCCUGCGGGUUCAGACGGACCCAUUGUGUCAGGGCCUCCUCUCGGGGCGUCUGGCGCGGCCAGCGAGAAUGGCAGCCAUCUCAGCGACAGUCUCCCAGGUGGUGGAGCUGCUGACUCGCUGGAAUCACCAGUGGAGCCCGCGAGGUUGGUGUCGGAAGACGUCCACCGAGACGAGGAAGCUGCAGGGGAACUGCAGAGUCCUCAGACACUCCAGUCGGACUCGGCGCCGACUCCCUUGUCAGCGGUCUCCAAGGCGUGCAGCAACCAGCAGGCCACGCCUCCCUCUGUGUUGACGCCCACGCGCCCGGCCCCGUCCCCGCCGUGUUCCAUCGCGGCGCCCCCCUCCUCUGGCCCCGGGACGCCGAGUACGACCGCGCACAGUCGCCCCGCGGCGGUCGGGCCACUGGAGGACUCCGGCGCUGAGAAGGCCAUCGCCGCGGAACCUGCGCAGGCGGCGGACAUCGCCCACAGAAACGUCAAGUCGAGCCAGAAGGAGUCCACAGGCCGGUCAGCGCGCAUCGGCAGUCGUGGCUCGACCAGCACUGGCGAGGUAGACCGGGAGCGCAGGGGGCAGGAGACUCCGGUGAUUGUGGCUUCCGCGCCCACUGCUGACCUAACGGCGGACGAUCUGGUUGCGGCUGAUGGAGGGCAGGAAGCAGCUGACGCACGGUCGAUUUGUCCUGCAGAGAAGGAAAGCCGAGCCGAGCCUGAGGUAGUCUGUGGAACGGGAAAAAAGCAGGCCCAGGAGUCAAGCCCCAUGACGAACGCGUCGACGACUCCUGCACAUCUGGCGCCGACGAGCAUCGGCACGCGGCCCUGCGGCACUGUGUCGCCCAAAGGGAAUCCGGCCGCGACCCCAAGGGCGCCCGAGACGAGGUCAAGAAAGCACCUGUGUCCUGCGGGCCCCGCAUAUCGAGCCGUCAAAAACGCCGACGCGAUCCGCCGCAAGGGUUCAGAUAAGUCGGAAACUGCUGACGAGCUGGACGAUGACCUGCUUCGGUCGCGAUCGGGCAGCGCGUCAAGCGUCAGCAGCAGCACGAGUUGUGCUUCUGCCAGCACAACGUGUUCGGUUUCCAAGGACUUCGACUUGAAAGGUCUCAAAGCCAGGCCUCCGUGGUGGCAGGAACUCACGAAGCGACACGUUGAGGGUGACGGAAACUGCAUGUUCAGAGCCUUCUCUGACCAGCUCUACGGCACCCAGGACUACCACUUUUAUCUUCGCAGGAUGGCCGUCGAAGUAAUGCGCAUCCGCCGACGCGAAUUCGAGCCGUUCGUUGAUGAAGCUGACGGGCCCAACUUUGACGCGUAUCUGGAGAAAAUCGCCACAGCUGGAGAAUGGGCUGACGACCGCGAGCUCCGAGCGCUGUCCAUGCUCUACGACUUCUCUAUCGAAAUCUAUGACGAUAACUUCCACGUUCGAAAGACUUUCUACGAAGAAGAGAGAGAAAAAGACGCGGGCGGGCAGAAGCGCACUGUUCGCCUCAUCUGGAGCGCUACUCCUGGCCACUACUCGUCGGUUCAUCGACGCUCUGCAGCCUUUCCGCUCUCUGGAGAUAAUCCAAUAGGGACGCUAGAGUGCCGUGGUCUUUGCCGGCUGCUUCAGCUGGAGGAGCAGCAGCUGGAACAGGAAGACUCCGUCACACAGCUGGACGAAGCGGAGCAGAAAAGGCUCGCCGCGGAGUGGGGCUUGGAUCCGAAGGAGUUCCAGCAACUGGCUGAGCAGCAGCGUCAGCUUCUGGCAGAAGCGACGGCGGCGGAGAGGCAGCAGAACACGCCUCAGAAGAAGGCUCAUGAAAUCUGCAAACGAAUCUGGGACGUUUUUGAGGCAGCGCGGGUGGCAGCCACGGCGGUUCAACGGGAACGAGCUGUGCAGCAGGCAGCCGCAGGGCAGGUCGGCUGCCGUGUCAGAGCUGGGGAUCCAAAGGCGUCUGGCGCCGCUCCGACAAGGACCGCUCCGUUAACGGUGUACGCGCUCCCUACCACACGUGCGCGGCUGGGUCUCGCGCGCCACGGCGCCGCGCAGCUGCCUCAUAAGUCGGCAGGAAGUCUCAAAACUGAAGCGGGCAGAGGGGCUGGACCGCCGGCGUGUGUCGCCGGAGAGGCCUGGCGAGCGGCGCCCGCGUACUACGCGGGGAGCAGCCCACGCGUGGCACGGGAUGUGAAUGGCGCGCGCGUGCCUGCAAGCGGGCUGCCGUCCACCAUGGGCCUUAUUUCGAACUCUCGGCCCCCGAGGCUCGUCAUGCCGACCGGCGAAUGUUCUCAAACACGGCCUGGGGAGCUGCCACGGCAGGUCAACCGGAUGCCCUCAGGAGAGACAGGAGGCGUAAGUUCCUCGCGUGCGCACCAUUUGGGCGCGGACGGGAGGACAGCAGCUGGUGCCGGUUCCGGUGUGAGUGCGAGCAUUACGGCGUCACCUUUCUUCGCGCCUCAGGUGGGAAAUCUCUUGCCUUACGUUGGAGCCGCGGGAACUGUGGAGAGCCCGGCCGCCGGCGCCGUCAAUAGAGGGGCGCUGCCUUGGACGUCAGCGCAGCAGGCCUACAUGCAAGAGCAGGAGCGGCUCCGCCGGCAGUACGAAGCUCAGCAGAAACUGAAGCAACCGGUAGGAGACGCGAAGGUCGCUGGUCAGGCCUUAGGGCAUCCGCUUGAUCUAGCCUCGGGGUCAGCUGUUUCCGGGACCGCUUCCACUAGACAGGUGCUCUCGGUUGGUCAUGCAUUCGCCGCGGCGACAGGCUUCCCUGGGUCGCCUGCGUCGCGCCAAGUUUCCGCGACAUCGACGACUGCGUCCGCUGCCCCGGGGUCCCCUCAUUGUUCACAGCACGGCUGUAAAUACAAUGAAGACAAGGUGUUGGGGUUUUUUGGGCCUGGGCCUGUCGCGUCAUCCGGCGAUCCAUCAGGCUCUCCGCUUGGGUCGAGCAUUUCGGACACAUCCCCAGGGAUUUCUCCGACGGUGUCGGCUCUGUCGUCUUUGACAGCCGCCAACCACGCGAGCGCAGGCGGGGCGAAUAUUGAAGACAUCAUAGGCGGGAGUCGUCCUCUCCCACCCGGAGAUGGCAGCGAAGUGUCGGGAGGGGCAUCGCGCCUAGGCAAUGCCGUCGGGCUCACCAGUGCUACGUCGCAGAAGGCUGCAGCUCAUGGAACGGCUUCGCCGUCGACGGUGGAGGGGGGAAAGGGUGUGGCAAACGCUCUGGUGGCGCACGGAUUGACAGGCGCCCAGCGCCCGCCGUCGACGGCAUCCACAGCAGCCACGGCGGCCGGAAAGGGUUCCACGGCUCGACAGCAGGUCUUCACUCGACCCCCGCAUGCAGGAAACAAUGCGUCAGCCCCUUUUGCUCCCUGGAAGCUCAAGGCCAAUCCUGAGCCGAAUGUGAAACAUUACAUACGUCGCGCAAAUGGUUCGUAUGUUGAGGUCGACCCGACGAAAUUGCUUGCAGCAUACCCGACAGUCACCAGCUCCGGUUACACCCUCGCCGGGGGGGUGGCGUCCCUUGGAGCGCAAGCGGCGGCCGAUGGUCUAUAUGCGAGAUUUCCUCAUCAAGGGGUAGGGGCUCCAGGGGCUGCAGGCGUUUUGAGGAAAGGGAGUUCACCCGGCAGCGACAACGCUUCGGAGCGAAGCACGGCGAUGGGCAGCCUCGUCAGCUCAGAUGCAACUCCGAGGAGUGUGACGUCCAGUGGCAGUUGGUUUGGGAGUUGGUUGAGAAGUAGUAACGCUGCCAGCAGCAGAUAA